UUUUCUGUUGAUUUUAUAUUGGUUGAAUUCAUCCUUCUAAAACUUCGGGCUUCGGUGCUGUGAGUUCCUCUGAGCUUAACCCUCCUUCUUAACAACCACACAAGGAAAAAUGAACAUGAAUGGUCAGGACUGGGAGCAGGUGGUGAUCAAGAAGAAGCAGCCAUCGGGCGCAGCACUUAAGGAUGAGGCGGCCGUGAACGCGGCUCGACGACAAGGGGCAGCUGUGGAAACGUCGCAAAAAUUCAAUGCUGGGAAGAACAAACCGGCGCAACAGACAGUUAGCGGCAAGCCAGCAGCUAAGCUUGAGGCAGAGACAGAAGACUUUCAUCACGAGCGCGUAUCCUCGACCUUAAAGCAGCAAAUUGUGCAAGCGCGGACGGCGAAAAAGAUGACGCAGGCACAGCUGGCACAGGCUAUCAACGAGAAGCCCCAGGUCAUUCAGGAGUACGAAUCCGGCAAGGCCAUUCCAAACCCCCAAGUGCUCUCAAAGUUGUCCCGUGUUUUGGGUGUGGUGCUGAAGAAGUGAACCAGCUCCUAGAGCGGGAUGGAGGCUUACUGCUGUGGCAGCAUCCCGCAGGGUGGUCGCGUGCGCAGGUUGCACUCGUGGUUGCCUAAGGGCAUCGUAGCCAGUUUGCCACAGGGCAUUGCUAGGCGCUUAGGUGUUAAGUUUGCGGUUUGUCCUAGCGGUCCACGAGUCGUGCACUAGGGAAGGCAUGUUUAGGCAGGAGCGACCUGAGCAGUUUCCAUUGAUUGGUGCGCCAUGUAGGGGGCCCUUUAAGCUAAGUUGUAUGGGUGGGUGUACUAGGUACAUAGCACUGUAUCCGCGUACAUCCCCGUAACUGGUGGCACUAAACGUCCGCUUGUGCAGCAAACGCAGCGUGCUAUGGUGAUACAAUAGACUGGACAAGCUGCCAUUGUUAGCUUGCGGCGUUUUUCGCUGCCGGCUCUGGCAUCGCAUCUGUACUUGAUUGAACGGCCGGCCACUUUUGGGUGCUAGGAAGAAGGUGUAGAACAUUUUUUGGCGGUUAUCAUCCGCUCUUCACGUUAUUAGGAUGUGGGUCAGCUGUCUUCAGGACUCCUGUAAGGGCUUCUGGGAUGUGGGCCAGAUGUUUUACGUUGGAGGAAAUGGAGUCCAGGGUGAUUAUGCGCCUGAUGGUAUUGUGAAAGGGAAGGUGUGGACCGGCGCAGAGGACCCUGAAGUGCAGGUUGGGUUGUGGGGGCGCAUGUAAAGCAUUGGCCUACCU